GGCAAACCACAAGAGAGCAGUGGCGAAGAGGAAAGAGGGUGGGAGGGACAGAGAGGAAGAGGAGGAGGAGAUCUACUUGGAAAGAUCUCUGCUUCUACGUCAUUCUGAAGGGUUCCGACGAGAUUAGGCGAUUUGGGCUGACCCAAGGGCCCUGAAUCUGGAAAUUUCGGACGGUGAACGGCUUCGGUCGGGUCUAUAUGGAAGAUCUAGUGGGUGAGUGGUGAAGGGUGAGGAGAAGCUGGUGAUCUGAUUGUAUGACGGGGAGAUAUGGAGAGGAAUCGUGAAGCGAGGAGAGGGACCACGGCGGCAUCGACGGCGACCAACGGCAGCGGUGGUGGCGGGGGAGGGUUGUCGAGGAGGAGGCAGAGGAAUAGCAGCGGCUUCAGAGACUCUCCUGAGGAUGAUGGAAGAAUGGAGAUGCCGGAGACGUCGCGGCUGCGGGAUCGAGGGGCCAAGAAAGACCGGGAUCGGGACAGAUCUAGCCGGCGCAAGAGGAGGAGAGGGGAGAGGAUGCUUCACGGAAGCAACAGAGAUGAGGGGGACCAGAGCUCUGAAAACAGCAUCGACGAGGACGAGGAGGACGAAGACGAUGACCUCUUUGUUCCCGUGCGGCUACCCACACCCUCGCCUCCUCUACCUAAUCCAGGGGGGGCUUGUUCGUCAUCGCAGCAGAACCACCACCACCACCAUCAUCAGCAGCAGCAGCAGCAGCUGUUGCCGCGGAAGAACCUUCCACCCAAAGUCAUGAGGUGGAAAACAGAUGCGAUGAUCGGAGUCACGAUACCACGAAAAGCUCGUUCGGCGUCUAAAAGGUCACAUGAAUCUCUAGUCUUGGGUGGAGGUGGCGGAGGAGGUGAGCAAAUUACCCAGCAGGCUUCCAUAUCUCCAUCGAGUCUCAGCCCCGCUUCCGCUACCCAGCUGACACCCCCUUCGUCCAAUGGCUCUCUUCGGAAGAAGAUGCAUCAGAAGCAGAUCACUGGAGCCAAACACCGUCCGCCAAAGAUCUCCAAAUCGACGUCUUUCGGCCAAGAUGAGAUCGAGAUCGAGGUCGCGGAGGUAUUGUAUGGGAUGACAAGGCGAUUUGAGUGCCUUCCAAAGCAGGAUAACCACAAGCUGGAUUCAAAAGAUGUGGAUGGUGGGUCAGGCAAUGAAGCUAAAUCGAGAGUAUCGUCGCCAAGCUCACCAUCACCAUCUCCAGCAGCCUAUCCAUCUGCACUUCCGUCGUCCAAUUCAUGUUCUAAUCCUGCCCCGUUGCCAACGAUUGCUCCGAAGAGAAAAAGACCGAGACCUGUGAGGUUUGACGAAGAAAGCUCCACGAGUCCAGUGGGAUUAUACAAUCUAUCGAGUAUAUCUUUGUCUUCUAUAACCAAAAUGGACCCAGAGCACCAGAUUAAGGCAGAGGCUUCAUCGCCAAGGUCCGAGAAGAACAAUGCAUCUCCUGCCAUCAUACAAGGUGGUGGGUCGGCUGAUGUUUUGGUCUCUCAGGCUGGGCUCUCCGAUAUGCAACAACAGGAGUCAUCCAAGACCGAGAAAAAGGAUCUGCACCCAUCCUCAGGAGGAUCAGAUGCGCGGGAUGGAGUGGAAAAUAAGGAAGAGCUAGUUUCUCCUGCCAAAGAUUCCACUUGUACUGAUGUGGAUGCCAAUCUUCGUGAGACGCCCGCCAGAAAGAUAGUGCCUGAUAGCCCUAAGGAGGUGAAAAUGAAGAUCGAUCUGAUGGCUCCUCCUCCAGGGAAGCUAUCACCAGAUGCUGGAGAUUUGCAUGACUUUGAUUCAGAUCUCAAGCAACAGGGCCCAGAAAUAGAAAUGGCACUGAAAAUGAAUAAUGAGAAUAAAGAAGAGAAGGCUACGGAGAGUGCAUUGGUGAGGGAUGGGCAACAGACUGAAAAGUCCAUGGAGAAAGAUUUUGAUUUGAAGAAGCAAGUGGCUAUCAAACAGAACCUCGACUUGCAACUUGAUUUGGAGAACCCGAAGCAAGAUAUUAUUGUCACUGACAAGGUGCAAAUGAGUAAGUUGCAAGUGAAAGACCCUAAAGCAGAGCCUAAACAAGAGAAAUCUGCAUCAGCCUCCUCCCUCCAUGUGCCAGUGACAGUUGGUGCUUGGCCUGGAACCUUUCCUCCUUAUGGGUAUAUAGGUCAAGUUCCACAUCUGCAAGCGGUUGUUCCUAUGGAUGCAACUGCAUGCCAUUCCAAUUCCUCUCAGCUGCCAGCACUUCAUCAUAUGCAUUCUCGCCCAAAGCGCUGCAUUACACAUUGCUAUAUAGCGCAGAUGAUAUCCAAUCACCAGAAAUUCGCAAGGAUGAAUUCGUUCUGGACUGCUGCAGCCGGAGCUGCACCUUUCUUGGGGGUCAAGAAUUGUAAUCUCACUUCAGAAGCUGCUCUGUCUGGGAAACCAAUGCUGGGGAGCUUCUUGGGUAUGAACAUUGGCUCCAUGGAAGAGGGUAAAGCGACACCAGCAUUAAUUGCAGCAUAUACAGGGCUUACCUCACAGGAGAAAAUGCCAGCAGCUACAAAGUUGGAAACCACCCAGAGAAAGCAACUAAUUCUCCAGCAGAUGCCGCAAUCUGGUACAGCAACUAACAUGCCGCAUGGUCCAGCAUUCAUGUUCCCAAUCAACCAUCAACAGAAUGCAACAGCUAGCACUGUGGCAGCUGCUGCCAAUCGAGCUGGGGCAGCAAAAUCUUCCACAGGUGCUGGUGCUGCUGAGUUACGUGUGCCUGGUGACUCAGGUUCUGCUGUGGGAAAUGGUGGAAGUGGUGGAUCAGCAUCACCGAUGAUGAACUUGAGCUUUAAUGGUUUUCCAUCGAAUGAAGCCCAGUACUUGGCUUUUCUGCAGAGCAAUGCAUAUCCUUUUCCUAUGCCUCCCCAUAUUACAGGGGCUACUCCCUUCCGUGGAGCAAGUUAUCCUCAAGCAAUGCCCUUCUUCUACCCUUCCCACAUGCUUCAUCCAUCACAACUACGGCCGCAGCAACAACAUGCGGUGCUCCCACUACCCCCUCAUGCUCAGCAAAGCCACCAGAAUCCAGGCACCUCAAAUGGGUCCUCCCAGAAACAAUUACAACAAUCACAAUGCAUUGGAGAAAGCGGUGCUGGCCGUACUGGUUCAAGCUCUCACAGUUUUCUAGCUAAUCAGCAGCAUGACCUCCCUCAGCAUUCUCAUGCCCAGGAGUACAGUAAGGGCAUGGAAGAUAACCUUUCCGUUGCUAAUGCUGCUAUAGCAAUCAGCAGUGGUGGGGGUCAUGGUGAUAAGCAGGCAAUAUAUCAGCAGGCACACCAGAAGCAGAACGUCAAAGUGGACUUCACAUCACCCCAACCUUUUGGAAUUCCAGGUGCAUCCUUCGGUGGGAUUUUAUCUGCACCACCAGGCAUUGACUUCUCUUCCAUUGCACAGAACCAUGCCAUUUUCCAGAGCCUUCCAGAUGCUUCUAGGUAUGGUUACCACCAGAUGGCAGCAGCUGCAGCUCAAGCUGCAGAACAGAAGAAGGUGCACAAAGUAGCAGAAGAUGGGAAACCUGUAGCCAGGGAGUUGGUGAACACAAAUAUGACGAGUGAAGAUAAUAGAAAGAUUAUGUCAGCCAGCAAAGGUCCAGGCAAUUGUCCACAAAAUUCUUUCACGUCCACAAAAUCAGAGGGUGAACCUCCCAUUUCUUCGGUUGUCGGUAACAAUGUUGUAGCUGCCUCCAGAUCACUUAACCUCAUUCAGGCUACCGCAAAUGGUGGUGUAUCUGCAGACCGUUCUCCCGGCAUUGGUACAGCUUCAACUCCUGCUCCCACAGUUACCACCAGUAUUGCGAAUUCCCCACAACAGCAACACCAUUUUUAUCAGAUUCAGAAGCAGCAACAGCAACAACUGCAGAUGCAUCACCAGCUUGCAUCAUCUCGCACUCUGCCUUCAGCCACAAGCAACAAUGUCAAUGUACACCCAGAGCGUCCUGGAGAUUCUACCAGUACUAAGUUCCCUCAAUCUCUAACUAGCUAUCCUCAAGCUCUUAUACAGGGUGGCAGUCCCACACAGUGGCCGCAGGCCAAGACAUCUGCUGCAAGAGGUGCAGUUCCAGCUGCAACGGCUCCUACACCAGUGGUGAAGAACAGCCUUCUCCAACUUCAAGGCAGGGUGUCCCAACAGCCUCUCCCCACCCAAAGCCACCAAGCCCAAAUAUCGUUUGGCACGACAUCCUCUAAAGUUGUGCCUUCAGGGGGUCAACAUCUUCUUGGAGCAUGUGGCUCUCUGUCUCCAUCAUCUGCUGCUGUUGCUGUUGGUUCGCCCUCAAAUUCAAACUCUGCAUCUAAGAGUGCUGGUGGCAGCCCACGAUCAUGUACCAGUGUAAAGCCAGGCCCUCAGAGUUCUGCCAUUCCUCUUCCUCAGCAAUCAACUGUCAAGCAAUCAGCAUUGGGUUCUAUCUCCAAAUCAUUACCCAUGAGUAACUCAAGCAUGCCAUCCAUUCUUGGGCAUCCUCAAAAAGUCCCUGGCCACAGCUCGAACACCAAGCAGCAACAACCAUCUCAGCAGUUACAGAAGCAGCAACCCUUCUCUCAGGCUCAACUCUUCUUUUCCAAUCCCCAUAUGCAACAAGUCGCAAGUGCACAACCCGGUGCUUCUGCACCUAAUGCUGCUCAAUAUUAUCACAAGCGCCAACCUGAACAAACACAACGACAGUCUCAACAGCAGCAGCAACAAAACUCAGCUGUGUCUUCUUCUGGGAUGCUUUCGGUUUGUGCCUCUUCUGCACUGAUGCCGGCUGGUUCUUCCACAUCAUCUGAUCCUGCAAAGGCCGUGACCGCUAUGAACAGUAUGAAGGGCCUUCCACCCCCUUGCUUUUUUGGUGCUGCUCAGCUAGCUGUGGCUGCACAGUCUGCCUCUGGCUCUCCUCACCCUUCAAUUCCUGCGACAUUUGCUUAUAUGUCUUUACCAUCAGUUUCUAUGAAGCCCUCAGCUGAGCAGAAGCCUGCAGCUGGAAGUGACAAUUUACAAUCCUGGCAGGCUGAAAAGAGAUGAUAGCUUGGAGAAAUGACCUGCUGCUGAUGCUGGAUUAACUGAUAAUUGCUUCGCUUGACCACAUCAGAGGCCUCUUUGCCUGAGAUUCUAGUAUCAAACAAGAGUCUCCUCCAUCUAUCUCUGUCUCUCUCUUUCCCUCUAUUGCACUAUGGUUGGCAUGUUUUUUAGACAGUUGCAGUUUUGAGGAAGAGUAAAAUAUCAUAAAGAAAGAAGAUGAACGAUGAGAAAGGAGAGAGACAAGAAGGUAGAAGUCUAGGCACAGAAUGCAUAGCCAAGAAGGAUGUACAAAAUUUUCUUUGUACCAUGAACUGGUUCUUUUGUUUCCUUUUAACUUCGUCACUAACAGAAGAGUUUAUUCUGCUCUUUAAUGCCCAUUUUGGGGCCUCUUUAUAUAAGGAAGUCGCCGAUAUCUUCUGUUUGCUGGACA